GCAUCUAUAAGCACAGGGGAGACCCGCGCCUGGUGCGUGCGCUCAGGUGUAUAGAUGGAGGUGGGGAUGUUGGGAUAUGACGUCAACGGAGACCCGACUCAAGGCGGAAAGCAACGCCAAAGAAAGUUGAAUAAUAACCAGUCACCCUCGCCGUCGUGUGUUUUAACCUCGACGAUUCUGAAACGGCACGCGCGUCAGGUCCGCGCUCAUUAGCCUCUACCUCCGCUCGUGGAGCUGCAGCCUGGUCCGGGUUGGUUUUUCUGCGCUGUCGGUCACGCGCGGCACACGUGCGCAUACGCACACUCGUAGCCGAGCAUCACGAGAGAGGCAGAAGCAGCGGCAGCGAAAGACGGUUGUUGUUGUUUUUUUUUGGGGGGGGGGGGGGGGGACGGGGAGAGGGCGACGGGCUUCGACUUCGGCUGCUUAGUCACAUUUGGCCGCGACCGGAGAGACGAAGUAUGGCGCGACGGGUCGGGGAGAAACGCUGAGCGGGUCGGCGCGAGAAGACACUGCGAGGGAGGGAGGGGUGUACCGUUAAAUCUGGAGUAUAUGAUGCUCAUUUGCUGCAGGCCCCGCCAUCGUGAAACUGGAUACCGACUUGCGGCGGAUGGGGUGACCGAGCUCGCUGCUCCGCCGGGGAGGUCCCUGCCUUCGGACGUUACCGGGGUGGGAGCUGCCUGUGCCCGGUUCUAAAGGGAGGAAGGAGUGGCAAGAGGGAAAAUGCAGACGGAGGAGGAGACGGCCACCGCAGAAGAGCCCAUUUUGGAGGAAGGGUCAGGACGAGAGCAGCAACGGCCAGUGCAACAGUCUCUGGCCUUCUCCCUGUGUCGGGAGUCCCACUGGAAGUGCCUCCUCCUGACCCUCCUCAUGUACGGCUGCUUUGCCACGCUUGCCUGGUGCGCUCUCUGUCGCGUACCCGUCCUCGGCUCCUCCUCCUCCGUACCUCUCGGUGCUGACGACGAUGCCACCUCUGCAGCCUACUACAGCGACAUCCUGCACCUGGAGAGUCCGUGCUCCAGCGGCUACGUCUACAUCCCCCUGGCCUUUCUGGCAAUGCUGUAUGUGGUUUACUUGGUGGAGUGCUGGCACUGCUUCUCCAAGACGGCAAUGUUGGCUCACGCUGAAUUCCAGGAAGUGUACGAGCGUGUGCAGAGACUUCAGCAGGCCACACCCUGCAUUUGGUGGAAGGCCAUCAGCUAUCACUACGUGAGGAGGACCAGACAGGUGACGAGGUACCGCAACGGAGAUGCAUAUACGACCACACAGGUCUACCAUGAGCGGGUGAACACUCAUGCCUCCAGUUCAGAGUUUGACUACGGCCGCUAUGGAGUCAAAGACGUAUCAAAGGAGCUGCUGGACCUGCAGCGGCACCCUGCUGUCCGCCUCCGUUUCACCAAGUGUUUCAGCUUCUCAAGUGCACGUGCAGAGGCUGCCUACCUCACCCAGCGAGCGCGCUUCUUCGGGGAGAACGAGGGUCUUGACGACUACAUGGAGGCCAGGGAGGGAAUGCACCUGAAGAACGUGGAUUUCCGUGAACAUAUCCUGGCGUUCCCGGAUCCGGCUCACCAGCCCUGGUUUUCUCGGCACAGGGUGUUCUGGCUGGCUUCUGCUUUCCUCCUGUCGUGGCCGCUCCGGGUCGUGUCAGAAUUUCGCACGGCAUAUGUCCACUACCAUGUGGAGAAGCUGUUCGGGGAGGAUGAGGAUGGUGGCGGAGGAGGCGGUGUUGGAGGGCCUGGUGGAGGGGGAAGAGGUGAUGGGGUUGAAGGAGGGACCGAGAAUGGAGUCCGCCCUGGAACUGGUCUAAAUGGGGCGAGUUACAGAGCCAUCUCUCGGGUCAACACGGUGGACAUGACAGAAUUGGAGUGGCACAUUCGCUGUAACCAACAGAUGGUCCCGAGCUACUCCGAAGCCCUCCUUAUGGACUUGGACAUGGGCGGGGGGACAAACCCUACCGCCUCUACACCCAUCUCUGGGCCAACAAGCUCCACCCCCAGCCAGGGGUCCAAUCCACCUUCUCUUGCUCUGCCCGUUGUGUUCAACUCGGCUUACCUCCUCCAGAGCUGCCCCCGAUGCCGGAGGACCACAUCGAGUUCCAGUCUUCCCUCCAGGCUAAGGGCCCCCAUGGGAACCACCGCCCUACUGAACGCUACCGUGGCAGGAAUCAGGGCAGCAGGGCAGGGAGGUGGGGCUAUCGGGGGAAGGUUGGUGCUCAGUCGGAGUGGAUUCUCCCUCGGGAGACUUGCAGGAGGGCGCCAGAACAACCUGUUUCAUUCAAGAAGCAUGGGAGGGGGGCUGGGAGGAAGUAGGGAAGAUGGAGCAGGAAGUGGAGGGGGAGGUGGUGGAGUAGGAGGAGGAGGAGGAGGAGGAGGAGGAGGUGGAGGAGGUGGAGGAUUUCUUGGUUUAGGUUCAAGACAAGACAACGAGGAGACAAGAGGAGUGCUUGAGGGAGAAGGAGAUGACGAAGAGGAGCAGGAGGAGGAGGAGGCGGUGAGGAGAAGAGAACAGGGAAGAGGUGGCAGAGAGAGGGAUGAAGAAGCAGAGCAAGACAGUGGAGGGGGUGGCGAGGUCAGGGAGGGUGAUGGGGGAGGAGGGAGGGACCGUCCUCCAUCCUACCAGGACGCAUUCUUCUUUCCCGUCCUCAUUAUACACGGAGAGGAGAGCUGCCAUGCCGGAGAUGACAUGUGACGAUCAUAAACGCAAACAUCAAGAGCAAGAACACAUGGGCAGAGGCCGAGGGAGAUGAAAGAAGGCACCGGACACAAAGGAAAGAGUGGAUCACAGAAGAAGCGGAUGAGAGGAAAAUGAGAUGCAAUGAAUGCGAUGAGAACAGAAUGAGGUUGAAAGGAAAUAGUUUGUUGACGGCAGAGCAGGAAGAAGACAGGAUUUAGUCAGAAAAAAAGCAAAGGAGGUAAGAACAGACAGGAUUACCAAGGAAACGGAGGGAAAGGGCAGUGGUGGUGAUGGAAGGAAAACGGGGGCAGGAGCGCAUACUGUAAAAAAAAAAGAACACACACUGAUUCAGAAGGACAUGAGAGCAGAUAGGGAGAGCAACAGCGAGAUAAUACGCCUUUGAAAAUAUGAGCGCAGUCAAGACGAUCCUUGAAAUUAUAGACUUUGGUACGCAGAGACUGUGAGAGGGAGAGGGGACCGAUCGGAUGCUUAGGAGGAACGGAAAGACAGAAAACAUGGGAAUGUCUAUUUCCAGAUAUAUCUAUGCAAGACCAGGAGUGGGAGGAGUAACAAGUCUGAAGAUAGCAGCUUGGAGAGCAGUGGAGAGACUCCAAACCAGCUGAGUGGUAGUGGGUAUUUUUUUCAAAAGAAACAGAGGUGGAGGGAUGACAAAAAAAACAAUGUUAGUUUGAAUGCUUGAAGCUUUGGUUUUGAUCAAAUCAAAAUACAUGGAAGAAGAAAAACAAAUGGAUUAUUAAAAAAGACAAAAGAUUGAUAUUUCAGAUGAGGGAAGGAAGAAACAGAUCAGACCACAAAGGGUUACAAAAAUGCAAUGUAGAGAAGUAGAGCGAGAGAAACAAAGACAUGCUUCUGUCAAGGUAAAUGUAAAAAAAGAAGGAACGUCCAAGAAUAUUGUAGCACAGCACAGAAACAGUAGACAAAGAGAAGAAGUAGAAUACCAAACUGAGUAUGACGGCUCAGAUUACACUAAAUCUUGUUUUCCAUCUGACGGAGUUCUCCAAAAAAAAGAUCAACUCAAGAGGAGGAGAAAGAAAUAAGACAACAUAUAAAAACUCUUAGCAGCAAUCCUGACCGCCACUUUAAUCAGGGAAUAAAAAAAACGCCCAAAUAGUUUCCCAAAGUAACUUUUAAAUCAGACGUGUCCCAACGAGGUGUUCCCUUACAACUUCUCACAGCGUUUGGCCAGCAACCGUAACGGUAAAGCAAGAACGGAUAUUCAUCGAUUUCCUUCCUCCUCUUCACCCCUUACUCCGCCAUUAGCUUCCGCACCACUCUCCACCCAUUACCGAUAUGGACUUGAUAGAAAAAACUGUAAGAUGACGGGCGAUUGCUUCCUCUUCUACUCCUCUUUUCCCCUUGCUCCAAUCUGCUCUCCUCCCCUCCAUUUUGCCACCUCUUCUGUUCCCCUCCUCCCUUUUCUCACUUCUCUCUGCACUGAAAACCACAAGGCGCAAGUGCAGAGGUGUAAUUCUGAGCAACACAUUUGUUUUUAUUUUAAUUUUUAAAGCGCUACUAGUUAGAUGCAACGUCUUCUUUUUUGUUGAUGCAAUCAUCACAAUUCACUGCAUUCGUCAUUACCUUCUCCUUCUUUUCCUCUGCCAUCCUCUCUCCUCUUCUGCUCCUCCCUUUCCUCUUUUUAAAGUGGUGGUGAUCCGUUUCUUCAUCUCAGCUCACUCCCACAUAGCUCAUCUCCUCUAGACGGAGCUUUCUCCUCCCGGAUCACAUUUUAUGAAUCAGAGAGUUUCCACCUUUUUAUAACGUUUAUUUGUAUUUUCUUGACCUCUCGCCAUGUCUGUAUAUUGUCAAAGAAACAAUGCGUAAGAAAUGCGUAAGGAAGACCAAAAGAUGUAGACAAGACUGCCCACACAAAGUAAGAGUCAAACGUUUCGCUAAUUUCCUCCAGUUAUGCCUGUGUAGUGUGCUCUAGUUGUAAACAGUUGUACCCAAAGAUAGGCUUGCACAAUACAAAGGAAAACAAGUUACAAUAACCAGUAAACCUCCUUCCUCCAAUAUCAGUAUACUAUAUAUCACAAUACUGUAUGUGUUUAGGCAUGAAGAAAACACUCUUAUCUCAUUUAUGUCCAUCGUGUUGGACUGCAUGGGACGUAAAAGAGCUGUCAAGCUAGGCUGGCAUCCUCC